AUCCCUCUAACAUCCCUUAAGCUAAAACGCGCUACUUCUUAGUAAACUUUGGAAAACUCACAGCCACUUUCUCUCCAGUUUCACCUCUUUACCUGCGGUUUAAUGUUAUAUAAAGUGUUAAAGUCGCUGCAGAUAUAUCCAGAACCGGACCAAAUGAAGUAAAUAGACAUUUUCUCAUCUUGUUUGGGAGCUUUGAUGAACAAUAGGAUUAAAACAGACAAAAUAAUUUUUCUCGAGGCUUCAUGUCUCUCAGAGUUCCAACCAUGAGCGUUUUCCCUCCAGUUCGACAGGACCGAGUCAUUGCGCAGCUCCCUCAGGCUUUCAGAAAAGAAGCAGCUUUUCACAUUACGGAAGACUUCAACAAUAAAGUUAGGAGCGCCUGCCAGGAAAGGCGGACUGGCACUGUGGGAUUUAAAAUCUCCAAGGUCAUCGUUGUUGGUGAUCUGGCUGUGGGGAAAACCUGCCUGAUUAAUAGAUUUUGCAAGGAUGCCUUCGAUAAGAACUAUAAGGCGACGAUCGGUGUUGACUUUGAGAUGGAGCGCUUUGAGGUGCUCGGCGUCCCUUUCAGCCUGCAGCUUUGGGACACUGCAGGCCAAGAAAGGUUCAAGUGCAUUGCUUCCACAUACUACAGAGGAGCUCAGGUCGUGAUCAUUGUGUUUGACGUAAAUGACAUCGCCUCUUUAAGCCAUGCCCGGCAGUGGCUUGAGGACGCCUUAAAGGAGAACGACCCCACUAGUGUUCAGCUUUUCCUCGUUGGCACCAAAAAGGACAUGAGUUCUCCUGCUCAAUAUUCUCGGAUCGAGCAAGACGCUCUGAAACUUGCAAAUGAGAUUCAUGCAGAGUACUGGGCUGUUUCCUCUCUGACAGGGGAAAACGUCAAAGAGUUUUUCUUUCGAGUCGCUGCUUUGGCCUUUGAGACAAACGUUCUCGCGGAGUUGGAGAAAAGUGGAUCGAGGCAGAUUGGAGACGUUGUCAGAAUUAACAGCACCUCAAGCAAUCCGUACGCUACAACAAAGAAGAAACAGGGAAACUGCUGUCAGUGAGGCUAAGACAAAGGUUUUUACAUUUUUGAGGCCCAAACGCACAGACUUGGAUGAAGGCUUUUUUUUUCAGCAGUGGAUAAAUGGCUGCCAUCCAGCUUGGUUUCUGUGGCCAGAGAGAGAGUGGCUGCAUUUCAUGCCCUGUUUACAGUCUCUUUUUUUUUUUUUUUUUUCCAUGGCCAGAGGAAGUUUCCUGUAAGGGAAAAAUGAUGUUAUUCAUGGUGUUCCUCAGUUUUGGCUUGACUUUAACCCAGAAUGAUGGGUUAUGCCACCAAAAUACCAAAGAGUUUGUAGAUGCUUACUUUGCUUAGAACCUUGGUUUUACUGCCGUAGUUCUGUUUCUCAAUCAAUCCGUUUGCACAUGUUUAACCCAAAUAUAUCUAGUGUUGACUUUUCAUCUAAUUCUAAAUCACCACUUCAACACCCCAUCUCCUCUGUUUGACUUUUAGACUAUCAACACUGAAACAAGGAAACAGACGUGAACAAAGUAGAGCCUAAAAGGUGUUCAGAGCAGUUCCCUAAGGCCCGCUCUAUUCCUAUUAUGAACUUAUCUUGAGGUGUCUUAUUAUAAAUGUAUCUGAAUGCAGCAGCAGCACAGUCUCAUAGGUAUUCUGUGGGUGGAAACAUUUCUGUUUUGCUGGUAAUGUUACUGGGAUCUGUCACACUAAAAUGAAAUCAAACCAUCUAUUGGUUAUACCUACUUGCACACAUAGAGCAAUAUAGACUUAAUAGUUAAUAUUUCUGUUUACUGUGGGAGGAAACCAGAGGGAGAACGAUCUCCAUGAAACUUG